CAUUGUUUACUAACAUGCUGCUUCCGGUUGGGAUUCCAAAUUAGCGCUGAACUCCUAAAUGUGAAUUUGAGUCGUUUGUUUGGACUUUUCUUUCUGAGAAACACUUCCACUAGCGAGCUUAAUACAUCAGCAACAUUAGGCUUUGUUAUUUAACUAUGUUUCGGUUAGUUUAGCUAAUUGGCAACAGAACUCCGUUAGCUUAUAGUUAGCUAGCCCACCAGCGCAGUUCGUGCAGCAUGGCAGUUUGACUCAUCUCAACAGGUGUCAGCCACGGGAAGAGAAAGCGUCUCCAUCGGUAACUGUCCCGGAGAGAGUUAAGGACACUACUUGAUGUCUAUGGGCCUUCGUUAGCUUGUCAUGUCUGGUAACGUCAGUUUUGCUCGUUAGCCAAAGUUUGUGACGCGUGUCAUGCUCCUCGGCCGCGUCCCGCUGAGCCUCAGGUGGACGUGUUCACAAAGUGUUGACUUGCUGAGGGUUUUCGUCAAUGAGGAGUCGGCGCGGAGGCUGCACCGCGUCUACUCCGCUCACUGUCAACGAGUCGCUGUGUUUCGAUCAUCUGCACCGCGGCUGGGAAGCGCUGAGGCCCCGCUGCCACACACCUGCCUGUGUCCGCUCACAGUGUGCGACAUGCAGCCGGUAGUCAGUGUCUCCUGUGGCAAGGAGGCCCCUGCGAUUGGCUCAAAGGGUGGUGGUGAUGAUGAGGGAGGCGACGAAGGGGUGGUGGGACAGCAGAGUGGGAGAGGAGAUGAGGGAUCGAUCAAAGUAUUGAUGACCGCAGGACUCCAGGAGAAAGCAGGGACGCCUCACACUGGAGCCUCCACUGUGUCUGCUGCUACUAAAUCAAAUGAGAAGAAUACAAAGAGGAAGAUAAAGAGGGAGAAGAAGAAGUUCAUGAAGAAAAAACUCAAGCCCGCCCAUACUGAGAACAAUCUAAUGUCGGAGCUCCCAUUUGCUUUGACCAGUCCCACCACGUGGAAAGAGCUAGAAUUCCCCAACCCAGAGUCAACCAAGAAUAAGAGGAAGAGAGGAGACAUUGGAGGGCGAGUGGACAGUGAGGAGGAUGGAGACAAGAAGAAAAAGAAGAAAGAGAAUCAACGACCCAACUACUUUGUCUCCAUCCCCAUUACUAACACACAGAUAAGCUCAGCUGUGACUGAGGUCCAAGAGGCAGUGCUUCAGCAGGAGCCCCUAUUGGCCAGAGCCAUGAUCCCCGUCCCAACUCUGCACAUCACGCUGUUAGUCACCCAUCUCGCCAAUCAGGAGCAAAUAGACCUAGCAACAACCGUGCUGGCCCAGGUCAAGCCGUCAUUGGCUGAGCUGCUGUGUGGGCGGGAUCUGGUGCUGCCCUUCUCAGGCAUCGGUCACUUCAGGAAGGAGGUGGUGUUUGUUGAUCUGGCCCCCGGACAACACAGACACACACUGGAUAGCCUGGCAGGGUUGCUGCGCAGACGAUUUGAAGAGCAGGGACUGCUGCAAGGAGACAGUCGUGGUUUUGAACCUCACCUCACCAUUAUGAAGCUGUCCAGAGCAUCAAAACUACGAGCCCAGGGUAUCAAGCGUGUGGACCCAGCCCUUUACUCCAACUACAAUAACAAGUUCUUUGGAGAUCAGACGGUGGAACGGGUGGACCUUUGCUCCAUGUUGAAAAAGAAGCAGCAAGACGGAUAUUACCACACCGAGACAUCACUACAACUUGAUUUGGUUCAGAGUCCGCUCCAUGCCAAACGCUCAAGUGGGCGUCGCCGGUCUGAGCCUGACGAGGCAGAGCUUCUGAGGGUCAGCAGGAAGUUGGUCGAGGACGCCGUCAAUCGCGCCUUGCAACAAUACAAACAGGAAACACUUCAAAAUGGGGGCGGGCCUAAUGCCACGGCCACGCAGGUCCCUGGGAACACUGAGGAAGCUGCUACAAAGACGGACACUACAUCCAACUCCACCGCAGACAACAGGAAGUGACAUCAUCGGGGCCGAGGUACACAGACUGAAAAACCAGCCGCCCACAAAACAUUAGCCGGGCCUGGCUAAUGAGGAGAAGCGUCAGUAAGCCCUUGGGCGAAACGCCUGAACCAGCCAACCAGUCAGCCCAGUUUGCUGACUAACCAAACCAGCUAGACAACCACGAUGGCUAGCCAGUCAUGCUAGCUACCUGCCCACCUGAUCUAGCUCGACACAGUGCUAGUUAAAUAGAUAAUGUAGCUUAAGAUCAGUGCUACUAGGUGACCAUCACAACAGGUCAGCUAGCUAAGCCUGGUAAUGAACUCACUAUCUCUGGUGUCCUACUAUCUAUUUAUGUGUUUAGACCAAACAUGGGGCAAAUUUUGCAAUGUGAUUACAUACAAAAUCAAUGAAAGGAAGCAAGUGCCAACAAAUUUGCACCACACGACACAAAUAGACGAGAAUAUGAGUCAUGCAAGUUCAAAAUGUUUGAUUUUGAAUCAGAAAUAGAGCACAAACUAACUAUCGCCCUCAAUGGCCACCUGCUGGUUAGUUAGUUAUACAGUUACUCAUUAGUUACAGUUACAGUUACAGUUACAACAUUCCAGUGGCCAUAAUCGGACACUAGGCUAAACUUUGCUCCACGUUUGGUCUGAUCACUCCGUAACGGUGAGGAUGCUCACUCAUCUAUGGGUCUGCGUUUGCACGUCAACACAAAUGUGAAGCACUCCUCCUCUAGAGAGACACACGUUGGGUUUACGGUGACCUCUCGCUCACAAACUGCCCUUUUAGAAGAAGAUGAAUCGCACCUGCACUUAGAAAAAAAAGAAAAACACUCAGUAUCCGUUACUCCCCUCCGACGACAACCCUCCUUUCUCCUUCACUGGAUCGCUUCAGGUGGAGAAAAGGAUUUUACUUUUCUUUUGAGCAUAAUUUCUUUUAAAAAAUCAGCGAUUGUGACUGGUUGGAUCUUUCCAGCAUUAAGUGUGAGAUGUAUGUUGGACCGUGCGAGUUCUUUUUGUUGUGUUCUGCAGCGAGCCUCGGUUCAAAGCACUUUCUCUGUAUCCACUUCAGGAACGGAUCUCCUUUAAACUUCCAGCAUCUUAUUUUACGUUUCACUUCAGAAGUGUAUCUGCAAACCGAAGUGCAGUUCUGUCUUCACUCUAAGUUGUUUAUGGAAAGUGGCCCCAGCUCAGCUGUUAGUAUUACACACGACUGCUGUCCUGCCGAGGCGACACUAAGACAAUCAUUUGGUUGAGAUAAAUUCCGCUGGAAAGUUGCAUUCGUUUUUUCAAAACAGAAACUAAAGUGAUAGCGACUCAUUAACGGUCCGUUUACAGUCCGCACAAACAGAAUAAAUCUGGUAUCUCUCAAUCACAAUAAUCUCCUCUAAUGAUGCUACCUUUUCAAAUCAUGUCCGGUCCAGUGGGAGAAACUAAAUCGGGGAUUUGCUUAAAAAAUAAUAUACCACUACGUAAAGACACACUACAAGCUGCCAAGAAUGCAUUUGUACUCAUUACAUUAAUGACCUCUAUGUAACAGGCUGUCAUUAUUCCUAUUAGACACAGGCAUUCAUUUCAUAGCACCACUUCUUUUCUCAUUAUCAUAUAUAAAUGUUAAUUAUUUUUUCUUCUGUCGAAUGAAUCUGACGAAAGAGGGUACAGAUGAUUUGUUUUCAGUUUAGUCUUUUAAAUCCAUCUAUAAAUUGUUUGUGAUAACCUCUGCACCACAGACGGACACCGGGCUCUCUGAGUCUCGGUGUAUUUGCGCUGAUCUGAGGAGCUUUUAUCCUCGAUUGCAGCCAAACAGUUUUAGGCGGUGGUUACCUCCGACAAUCGCUGCUGUCAGCUGGAAACCCUCCGGCUCUUAAUUCCAGUGUCUUCCAUCCGUACAUAUACGCAUAUAUUUGCCUUUCGUGUAAUGCGGUCCACCCCACAGCUCAUGAAAUCCAUUAAGAAACUCUCAAAGGAGAUGGUUUUCCACUGACAGCAAGAUGGUGCUGAUGCAGACACGCAAACGGCGAUAAAAGGUGGUUUACUAAGACGUUAAAUGUUAUUUUAUCCUUUUUUAAAUGUUUUAUUUAUUUUCUUUGCUGUUAGAAGAAUGAUUCUCAAGUGAGUAAAUGAAAAGAUAUUUUAUUUUUAGCUGAUUCAAAAAAAUUGGCGCUCAGUUUGCAUUUGAAGGUUUAAAAGAAGAAAAAAAAAAGCACAACAUUUAUACUGAUUUUCUGUUUUCGUUAUUCAUUGUCUCGUUUCCAGAGAGGGGGCGAAUAUAGAGAUGCUGUUCAAAGUGGCCUUUAGUCACUGAAACUAAUCAAUGUGAAUUUUUGUUUGACUGUAAGUGCUUAAGGUGAUAACGCGUAGGUAACAUUUUAUCCAACACAAUGAUGAUAAAUGUUUACCGGCGGCUAAAGAGUCAGAUGCUUGAGUUAAAUGUAAAAAAAAUGAAAAAAACAUCAGCCGAAAGACAGAAUUCAUGUUGUUUCUAUUGUCGGAUUUAUCAAUUUGUGUGUGUGCAGACACAGGGACACACAGACAGAGAGACUCAGCGUUUCAGCCGUCUGAGGUUUAGUUCCCUCCAGUGCAAACAGGUGUUCUCUCAUCCCUGAAAUCCACUUCAAUCCUCUCAACACUGAACCAUCGAUGACAAAGGUGAAUUCUGUCUUAAGGUGGACUUUGAUCGUUCUCGUUUUGAUCUUAUUAUUGUCACCAGAUCCUUAAUCUCCUUAAAAAUCCCCUUUAAUACACAACUUGUCCUGUUGGUCUGUGUGAUUAUUCUGUUCAUCUGUCUUUCAGCACAUUUGUGUGUAAGUCUGUGUGUGUGUGUGGCUGUGAGUUGUUUGAUCAGUGGUUCCCCACCUUGUCACUAUCAGUCAUGACAACUCUGAGCCGUUUUUGUGAACGCCUCUACAAAUUUGUCUUCUCUGUUUGUCUUCCCCUUUCCUCCACGUGUACGUCUGAGUGCGUGGGCGUGUUGUUUGUACCGUGUGGUAUAUCGUGUUCUGCCACAUUGAACAAUAAAACAGGAUAUGAGAUUCAAAACCAA